GAAAACGAACCAACUGGCGGAAGUAUAAAAGUAAUGCAAUCUGAGGUUGUAUGUGGCAAUACUGGAUAGUCUUUAGGAGGAAAUAGGCAGGUUUUGUGGUUAUCAUUUCACGUAAAUUUGCCUACAAGUAGUACUGCUAGUGAUACGCGAAAAUGGAGACCAGCACAGCAAAAGUGGAUCCUCAAACAACUGCCAUGCCACACCUGGAAUGCGUGGACAAGAUCUGGAAGAUUCCUUUUAUUGAAAUGGCAUGGAACCAGUCAGCAGGAAUGUAUGGAAAGGUGAAGGAAGCUAACGGAGUGUUCAACUGGACAUUGUCAACAGCAGAGGCAGCUGUGCUAAAGGCUAUUGAACAAGCUGCACCCAUUGCAAAGAAAUUGGAACAACCCAUUCAUGCAGUGGAUCAGACCCUGUGCAAAGGCAUUGCGAUUGUGGAAGAAAAGCUUCCUCUUGUGAAAGAGCCUCCUGAACAUAUUUAUGAAACUGCCAAGUGCUUUGUCAACUCUGCCCUUUCCCCAACACUGGACACAGUUUCUGCUGUGAAGAAUUAUGGAACAGAGAAAGCACAGUCCAUUAAAGAGUUAAGUCUGAACAAGGCAAAUGAAGUGUUGGCCACACGAUAUGGAAAUAUGGCACUUAGUGGGUUUGAAACAACUGCCGCACUUGCCGAAAAGUAUCUGGAUUAUUACUUCCCUGCUACAGAACAAGAACUGGAAAAGGAAAAUGGGUCAUCUUCAGCUGACGAUAGUGACAAAGUUAUGCGCACAGUUCAUACUGUGGGACACCUGUCUAACAAGUUCGCCCACAGAGUCUACAACAUCCUUUCCUCACAAGUGAAGAACCUGAACAAGGACAGUAUGCAGCAGUAUAUAAAUUCAUUAGCUAUCAUCAUGCAUCUUACAAAUUAUCUGAGCACAGUAAAUCAAAAUCUGAAGGCUACAACUUCCAGCAGUGAGAUUCAACAUACAGAAGAAGAAAAAUCAAAAAGUCACAGACCAAAGGCAGAAGAAGAGAAAUCAACCAUAGCAUGAUGUGUGCCCACAAUUUGGAUCUUCUGAAAUUUGAAGUUGAUAUUUGUUUUUGUAGAAACAGUAUUCUGAGCAAAAUUAUGUAAACAUUACAUGUGUUUCUGAAAUUGCAACUUUUGCACACUACUGACUCCACAGGGUAAAAUCAUUGUUGAGAAACUAAUAGUGCCUUAGCUGGACAAGAAAUUCACACCUUUCAUGGAACCAGACAAUUGCUGUGUUCUCCAGAACCUGUCAUUGGUACCCAUUCGAAGUGAUAUUUGUUCAGUCAACAUCCUCACACCCUGUUGCUUGAAGAUUCUUCCAUCUACAUCUAGAUCUUCGAAGUAUACUGAACUUAUUGUUAAGAAUGGGAAAUGUUUCUAGUUGAAAGCAUCACCUCUUGGGUCUCUUUGCAUGGCCUUGAACCGUGAUUGCCGUACCGUUAAUUCAGAAACAUAAAGUAAGGGUGCACUAGUCUCUCUGCCACAGCUUCUGGCUGCUAACUCCUAGCAUUGUUAUUUUUACAUUAGCAUAACCUCAGCCCUGGGUUUGACACCUUGAGGCUCCAUUGAAAUGAUACUCAGCUGCACCCCACGGAUGUUGUCUUUACCACAUGGAGAUUGCAAGGUGGAUCUCUACGAGAAUAUUUCAGUUUCAAUUCUCUUUUCCCAUUCUUCUGUCAGAUGUGUGACACAUUGAGAUACAUAUUUAUGUAUUUCCAUAGACUGACAUACCUUGUGUUCUGUCAAGAAUUCUAACCAGAUCCCCUGUAUAAAUUGGAAAGAAAAUGUCUUAUUUUCCAAAAUGUAAUUAUAUUUGUAUGAUAACUUAAAUGCUUAAUACAUUUUCUUGGACAGUAGAACUACUUUAAUGCAAUACUUUAUGCUUUUAAGUAUCUACUGUCACUAAAUUUUGUCUUUGUCUUUUUUCUUACCUUUGGUCUCUUUAUUCUUUGUCCUCCACUUGCUCUUUGAACAUAUUCUGCCUGACAUUGUGACAGAAUAUAAGUGCUUAGUGGCUAUUUGGUUUUCUUUUUAUGAACUGGGGUGGUGUAAUCAGGACAGUGAUCUGGUAUGGGCUGGAGGUCUGACUUUUGGUUUCCAUCAGAAGCACACAUUUUCCCUUUGCAUCCUGCCCCAACCUGCGUUCCGGCCAUGAUUCUUUUCCCAGAGUUAAGAAGGUCAGGGAGUAGAGCUCCAGACUCACUUCUGAUUCUGACGUGAAGAUUGCAAGGAGAUGUUAUCCAAUCCCCUAUACAUUUUCAUGCUGUCGUGCUUUAUGAAGCUUAGGGGCAACUUCAGAUUUUGUCAAUUUGUAUUUGUAAUUUAGAUUAUACUAGGCUUUAUUGUACUAAUAUAUUCUCAUUGUAAUGGUAAAAUGUGUAAUAUAUUGUCUGUAUUGUGCCAGAAAUUAAAAACUAUCAGCUAAACAUA